UGCGGCAGGCAGGGCCUCGGCAGCGACCGCCUGGCCGAUACAGCCGGCGGGGGGCUGGCACCCCAGAAAGGUGGGGGGGGGGAACAGGACAGUCCCUCUGUGGGGACAUGGGGGGACGUUGCGCUCUGUUCCCUGCCAGGCCCCAGGGCACAGCGGGGAGUGGAGGAUGGCACGAGCACGGCACGACCAUGGGCCCCUCUACCCAGCCCUUGGGGUGCCUGUGGGCAGGUCCCCCAGCUGGGGGGCACCCACCACCCCACUGGCCUCUGUUCCCCAAAGGAGCCCCAGAGAGAAGCAAGAGGUCCCCGUGGUGGGCAGAGAUACACGCCUGAGAGUGGUGCUGAGGGUCCGGCCGCUUACCUGCACAGAGACGCGGCGAGGUGACCGGCAGGUUGUGCACAGCCUCGGUGACGGCACCGUCCACGUGAGCGCAGCCAGGCACGAUGCCACCUUCGGGUUCAGCGCCGUGUUCGACACAGGAGCCUCGCAGGAGGCCGUGUUCGAAGGCAGCGGGAUGAGGCAGCUGGUGGAGCUGGCGAUAGACGGCUUCUCCUGCACCGUCUUUGCCUUUGGGCAGACCGGCUCGGGAAAGACCUACACCCUGAUGGGACCUCUCACCCAGAGCGAGACCCAGCCAGCGGCCCCAGGGCUGCUGGGACUGAUGCAGAGGUCCUUCGCCUGCCUUCUGGAGCAGAGCCGAAGCCGUGGCUCUGAUCUGGCUCUCAGUGCCUCCUACCUGGAGAUCUACAAUGAGCAGGUCCGGGACCUGCUGAGCCUGGCACCAUGUGCCCUGCCUCUGCGGUGGAGCAAAACCUGCGGCUUCUACGUGGAGAACCAGCUCAGCGUGGACUUCGAGAGCCUGGAGGCCAUCGCUGACCUGCUCCUGCAAGGAUCCCAGAGACGACGGACCUCGGCACAUGCCCUCAACAGGCACUCGAGCCGCAGCCACGCUCUUCUGACCAUCCACGUCCGCAGCCGGGCUCCCAGCACCUGCCCCAGCAAGCAGGGCACACUGUGCUUCGUGGACCUGGCUGGCAGCGAGCGGGUAAAGGAGACCGGUUCCAGUGGGGAGCUCUCUGUGGAGGCCAACAACAUCAACCGCAGCCUCUUGGCACUGGGACACUGCAUCUCCCUUUUGGCCAAACCCCGAGGGAAGCGGAUGCACAUCCCUUACCGGGACAGCAAGCUCACCCGGCUGCUGGCCCGCUCCCUGGGCGGCUCAGGCAUCACCCUGAUGGUCGCCUGCAUCUCCCCAUCCUCGCGCUGCCUCUCAGAGACACUGAGCACGCUGCACUACGCCACCCGUGCCCGGAGGGUCACCACCAGGCCCCUGGCCAACAGGGUGUCCCGGGAGAAGCUGCUGCAAACCUUGGAGGAAGAAAUACAUGCCCUGCAGCUGGAAAACCUCUCCCUGCGCCAGCAGCUGUGCCUGCCGAGGGUGCUGACAAGGAGCAUGGAGGUCCCUGGGACACCCACAAGGACGGUGGCACGGCCAGGCUGGGGAGGCAGGUACGGCCCCGCAGGGCUGCAUCGCUCCCCUCUCGAAGGGCAGGAGGGAGCCCCAGCCUGGCCCAGCCUCUACGGCCUCCUGCGGGACUUUGUGGUGGAGAACGAGCAGCUGAGGCAGCCCCGGCUGUCCCCAGACCCCAGCGGUGACAUGCCAGCUGGCCCAUCCUGCAGAACCACCCGCAGCUCCUGUGACAGCCAGCCCCUGCUCCGGAGUGCCCGCACCCCCCGUGUCCCCCCUGGCCACCCUGCGAGGCUCCGGCAGCCUGACAUGACACCCGCCUCCGGCCCCCGGCUGCCGAAGCUGCCUCCCGCCUCCGGCCGCCCCAGCUGCCCGGGGUACCCUCACUGCUGCCCUGGGCCGGCCGAUGCCAUCGUGUCCCAGGUGCUGCCAGGACCCCCCGUGCCGCAAGCAGUCCCACCCGAGGGAAGCGCUGGCAUCCUGCCGCCCGGCCAGGAGGACACGGUUUUUCCCAGCUCCCAUCAGCUCCCCGGGCACCCGCAGCCACACCGGGGGAAGCGGAGCCGGGGCAGGAGCAGGAGCAGGAGCUCAUCUCAGUGGCACCCACUCCCCCGGGAGCUGCCAGGUCCCGAGCGCCGUCCCAGCCCUGAGGGAAGGGUCAUUCCUUCAGCACCGCCGUGGCCAGGAUCGCCCGAGCCAAGAGCCGCCGGCACCGUCCCUCUCCUCCAGUGGGAAGAGGCACCGGACUGGCUGGCGGAGCAGAUCUGAGGAGCCGCAGCCGCGCCAUGAACCGGGCCAGCAGCAGGGAUCUGGCACAGCCCACGCACAGUUUUUAUACCUGGGGGGACGACCACAGCUCUCGGGGGCACGGGGAUCUCAGACUAGGACUGCGCAGACCACGGGACGGAUGGAUGGACAGACAGACGGGGCUCUCCAGCCUGCACGGCACUCACAGUUUAUUUCUGUCUAGCUAGGGUCUGUGCUGCUGGGCGGCUCUGGCGGAGCCCUCUCAGGUGCUCUCCUCCCCGGGCUGCGGGCAGUCCAGCCAGUACUGGGCGAUGGAGCGGGGGUAGCGGGGCUG